AAAAUAAAAAUAAGUAGGCGAAUAAAAAUAUAAACAAAAAUGCAUCAUACGAUACAGAUGGAAACUUAUUGACAUUUUUCUUCGAUUGUAAUUUUAGAACUUUUGAGAAGAGUAAAAUUAAAUUAAGUCAAUUAACCCCCCAACAGUUGAACUUGAAAAAUUCUUCACUAAAAAGCUAACUCAACGUAAAACAUUAUUAACAAAUCUACGAAGUGACCACAUCACACCACAAUCAUCGUCGUCGUGAUAAAAUUGAAAAGAAAAAAUCAGCUGCGGUGUCGUCAUCGGUCGGACUCGGAUCGGAACUAGGUAAAAGUAUUUGAGGAAAAACUUUUAUUUUUUAUUCUCUACUUAUGCUAUGCAUCGAUAAAUUCAGUGGCACCACAGACACAGAGCAAGUCUAUUUCAAUCGUAUUUUGCAUUUGCAGUUGGUUUUCGCUGCUUCGACUUCGGUGUUCGGUGUAAGGUGUUACGUGUUUUACAAAACACCUUCGUCGCGUCGUCGGUCGUCGGUUUUGUGAGGUUUCAUUUUUGCCUAAAACUAAAACUAACAUUUUUAAGUGUUUCUCUAUUUUGGGUUACCUAUAUUUUGUAUUGAAUUCUUACACUUUCUCAUUUGCCGUUUAAAGAACUUUUUUAACUAAACAAAAACAAAUAACAAACGACAUAAUGAAUGAUACGGAACAUCCUGCUGCUGCGCCCAUCAACUCGAUCAAUCAAAACUAUCCUUCGACAAGUCGUAACUAUGAUGGCGAUGAAGAAUGUCUUACUGGUUUGAUGAAAGAGGACCCACACCACUUAUUGCGGACAACUGAUUCGCAGGAUGGAACUUGGUCAUCGGCCGGGCUAAAUCCAUUUGUGCAUCGAAUUGAAAUUGAUGACACCUUCGAAUUGGCCAAGAUUUACACAUUAUCGGUUAUACUUCUUCCAUUUCGAGUAAUUGGAACUGUCCUCUCACUACUGACAGCAUGGGUGUUUGCCUAUAUAACACUUUAUGGAUUAUCAUUGGACGAUCUUAGAAAUAAACCACUAACAGGUUGGAGAAGAGUAACACAAAAAAUUGUUGCAAACACUAUGCGAUUAGUCUACGCUUCAAGUUCAUUCCAUUAUAUAAAAUUCAUUGGCAAGCAGGCAUCACAAAAAGAAGCACCAAUUCUUGUGGUAGCACCUCAUUCAUCUUAUGUUGAUUCUAUUAUUGUUGUUGUUACAGGGCCAACAUCAAUUGUAGCCAAAAAAGAAACUUCUGAAACUCCAAUAUUGGGCAGAAUAAUUAACUGUGCCCAACCGAUUUAUGUUGCACGAGAAGAUCCAAAUUCAAGACAAACAACAAUUCGAGAAAUUAUUUCACGCUGCACAUCGAGUGAAGACUGGCAACAGGUCGUAAUAUUUGCCGAAGGAACAUGUACAAAUCGGUCAGCAUUGAUAAAAUUCAAACCUGGUGCCUUCUAUCCUGGAGUACCAGUCCAACCAGUAUUGCUAAAAUAUCCAAACAAAUAUGACACCUACACAUGGACUUGGGAUGGACCUGGGUUGCUUAAACUACUCUGGUUGACAAUGGCAAAGAUUUACAGCCGAUGUGAAAUCGAAUUUCUGCCAGUUUACACACCCAAUGAAGAAGAAAAGGCAAAUCCCAAACUAUUCGCUGAAAAUGUUCAAACUGUUAUGGCUAAAGCUUUGGGUGUUCCUGUUUCAGAUUAUUCAUUUGAAGACUGUGUUAUGAUGAAUCGUGCCAAAUUAAUGAAAAUUCCAUUCCCAGGAGAUAUAGUUCAAAUUGAAAGAUGUUUACAUGGAUUGGGAAUACUUUACGGAGACAAAUACAAAGAACUAGCGUCUAAGUAUUGCUGCUUACCUGGUGAUGAUAAUAUUGACUUGAUCACUUUAGAAGAUCUACUAAGCAUUGAUUCAAAUAAUAAAAUCCUUUCUGAAUUAUUUAAAAUUCUAGACCACCACAAGGCAGAAACGAUUAGCUUAAGAAGUUUUCUCUUAUGCUUAUUUUACUGUCAAAUUAGAGAUGAAAGACUUAUUGAGUUCCUUAGCAUUAUUGUUAACUUAUAUACACCAUCUAGUCAGAGUAUAUCAAGAGAAUGUUUGAGAAAAAUUGUACGACACUGUGGAAAAUUAACGGAAGAGAAAAUUGAUGCUUUGUUUUUCAGCAUUGAUCAUACGAACAAAGGAACGAUAUCUUUUGAUGAUUUCAAGGACUAUACCCAAGACCAACCAAAGUAUGCAUUUCUCUACAAAAAACAAGAGCAUAUAAGAAGAUCAUGGACGUAAAUAAUAAAAUACAAAUAUUUUUAUUUUGUAAAACAAAAACUUUUGAGAUUAAGCGCUUGGCACUUUUAAAACAAAUAUAAUAAAUGUUAUGUUGUUAGGAGUUAUUGAAUUGUGAAUUUUGCAAAUACGAAUUUAUCAAUGGCUUUGUUAUAAAAUUAGUCUGUCUUUUUUUUUUCAUUUUAAAUUAUUUAAUAGUUAUUUAAUAACAUUUUAGAAAAAAAUGUUUGCAAACAAAUUUGAUUAAAAACUGUAGAACAGUUAAUUAUAGUGAUAACGAAAAUGGAUAAAAAGAAGGCUCUUAACAUUCAAAUGAAAACUAAAAUUAUAAGUAAAGAAUGUAGUUAUUCUAAAAAAACGUUUUAUUUUUAGAAAAAAAUGUUAGCCAACAGAAAAAUAAAAAUGUUGAAAAAUUAACCAAUAAACCAAAGAGUUUCAAAUUGGAAACAGAAUUAAAAAAAAAUCUUAGAAGCAAAGAGUAUUAUUUAAAUAAUAGAAAUGAUGUUCGAGACAUGCGAAUUUGUUCAUGAAGGCUUUUUAAUAUUUCUGCUAUUAGAAAUUCUUGGGACUUUUGAUUUUUUUUAAAUAACUGUUCGUUUGUCUCGAGUCUCAUCCUUAAAAGAUAUAUAGUGAAGUGACCUUGAAAAACUCUUUUUUAUUUAUUUGUUAUUGUGUCAUAUUUAAUUGAAAUGAAAAAUUGUUUUUAAUUUAGUUACCAAAUCAAAUCUUUAAAAGUUAAGGGCUUGUACAAGAAGUAAAUGGAGAAUG